CCUGGUGUACAUCACCGCGAGUCCGUCCGCGUUUUAGGGGUCUCAUUCUCUCGGUGUUGCGCGCGCAACCCCCUCUCUACUGCGCAUCUGUCCAAAAGCAUGCAUCUCAAGCUAAAACUCCUCAGCGGCCGCGGCGCCGUGGUGCACCGCAUGGAGCUGGGAGACCGCUGCUCCUCCUACGUCAAGCUGCGCGAGACCGUCAGCGCGCUCACCACCGAGCCGCUCGACCUCUUCUACGUCGACAACGAGCAGGACGUCUGCAAAGUGACGACCGACCAGGAGCUCAAGGCCUCGUUCGAUCGCGAGGCGCGGGCGCUCGACGGAGUCGCGACUUUCGUCGCGGCGCCCCCGGGCACCGCGGCCGGCGCCGUGCGCGCCUGCGCCGCGACGACGGCCGCCACCGCGACGGGCGCGGGCGAGGUCCACGUCAACGUGACCUGCGACGGCUGCAACAUGUCGCCGAUCGUCGGGCCCCGCUACAAGUGCCUCGUGAGAGAUGACUACGACCUCUGCGUCCGCUGCAACUCCCUCGAGGCCGAGCCGUUCCCCAAGGUCCGCGUCCCGGCGGCCAAGCUCCGCGUCUGCCGCCGCCGCCGCCCGGCCCCCUGCGCCGAGGCCGCCGCUGAGGCGUCGGCGGCUAUGGAAGCCGCGGCCGUGGCCGCGGCCGCCGACAUCGCCGCGGCCGACGAGGCAGCCGCGGCCGCCGAGCGCGUCGCCGUCAGCGAGUCGCUCGAGUCGGCGACGGCCGGCGCCCCUGUGCCCGCCGCCGAGCCCGAGGGCAACACGGCGCUCGGCCUCGACAACCUCCGCAUCGCGGUGCAGGCGUCCCUCGACGACGCCCCGCCUGCGCCGCCGAGCGGGUGGGAGGACGUCGGCGACGACAAGGUCCUGGCGGCGCUCCGCAGCCUCGAGGCGAUGGGCUUCGUCGAUUCGCUCGGCGCCGACGCCUGCCUCGCGCGCGUCCAGAUGCACAUGACGUCGUCGGGCGCCGUCGACCUCGACGCAGCCGUCGCGGACCUCGUCGCGCUCAUGAAGGGCUCCGCCUGAGCAACCUCCCUUAUUCCC